AUGUCAUCUUCAUUUCACUUUAUUAAUCAAGCAUCCCCUCAACACAAACAAGGAGAUGCAACAUUGCCGACUGCUUUACUUUUGUUGGAUACUGAUGAUCAUUCACCUCCAAAACAUAAGCAGCCCAAGUGGACUUCCUCAUCUUUAUUUAUUUUAGAAGAAGCAUUUGAUGAUAUUAGUUAUUCUCCGUCAUCAGAUAAGGAUCAUUCACAACAAUCUGAAUUUCAAUUCAUCAAUAAUCAUCAAGAUAAUAAAGACAACAGUACUUUUCCAUCUUUUUAUAAAGCAAGUUCUUUAGAAUCGAAUAGUUUCAUGAAUCAGAUAGACAAAAGCAAUAAGAGCUCAUCGCCAUCACUUAUGACUCCCUCUCCAAAAAUGAAACAAUCGAAGCUAUUAAAAACAGAUAAUGAAAUGAAAUUAUUACACACUUCCAUCACUUUUCAGAAACUUGAAAAACAAAAGCAAGAAGCGUUUGAAGCGAUAAAAAGAAUAUAUCAACAACAGAACGAAUAUCCUAUCAUGAUAAACCAGUUGAAAGAACUGAAAAGGCAAAUACAAGAAGCUGUCAGUCAUCAGGAUUUUAAUGCUGCUCAACAGUACAAACUACAAAGCGAGUUGAUUCAAUCUCGUUUAAAGGACAUGUUGAUAGGAGGUAGAAAAAGUGAAAAUGAUUUAUUAUUUUGGAAAGAAAAGAUGGAAAGAUAUACAGGUGAAUUAUCACAAAGAAUCAUUCAUGAUUUAGUGAGCUGUUAUCAUGAUAUUAAACAAGAACGAACACGACAGCUGAAUCAGUAUCUAAAUCAAGAUACUAUCAUCACGGCGACUACGACUACGACGACGACGACGACAGCCUUACAUCAUACACAACAGUUACUUGAACAGGAACGUAUGGAUCUUCAAAGUGUUCAAUCCGAGAUUGUAUUUGAUUUAGAUAUAUGGAAACAAAAUGAGACAGAUUUAACAAGCAGAAUGGAGGAAGUGGUGCAAAUGGAUAUGGAACAUAAAUCACAACUUGUCACUAAAUCCAAGGAGAUAGAAAAUGAUAUCCUUAAACUUCAAAGACAAUUAGAACAACUUGAGAUAGAAAGACAAGAGACAUUAAAGGAAAUUAAGAAGGUGGACAAGCAAAUAGAGAUAAAACUAAAACCAUUUGAAGAAGAGAGACAGCAGUUUGAAGAAGAGAAAAGAUUAAUUGAAUUAAGACAAGAAGAGAUAAAGGAAAAGAUAUUCAUGUUGGAUAUAAAAGAUAAUGAACUUGAAGCAGAGAUCAAACAAUAUCAAAACGAAAUAAAACGACGUCAAGAUGAAAUUGGUUCCAUUGAAAAUCAAAUAAAGGAGUUAUUAGAUAAACAAGCCCAAUACAGUCAAGAAAAUAAAGGACUUUCUGAACUUGUACAACUCAUUCAUCAACAUCAAACUUUACAUAUGACACAAUACCAAGAAGAUUUAAAAGAAGAUCAACAUACCUUGCAAAAUAAGAAAAGAGCAUUAAAAAUACUUCAGGAGAAGGAAUGCAAAGAUGAAGAAAGAUAUCUUAAAUGGCAAGAAACGGUGAUAAAGCAAACUAAUAAAUUAAAAGGGUUAAAAAAGUGUAAAGAGAUUGCUAUCGAUAACGAUGAAUUUGAAAGAGCUGCUCAACUAUCUUAUGAAAUAAACUCAAUUAAUCUGAAAGAUAUAAAAGAAAAAGAAAAGAUGGCAGAGAUACAGGUACAAAAAAUAAAAGAGGAUAUAAAGGAAAUGAAGAUAGAAAUAAGUCAGUUAACAGUAGAGAUUUCAAACAAAAAGGACAAUUUUGUAAGGAAAAUGGAAAAAGAAUUAAAUGAACUAAAAGAGAAAUUAUUGAAACUACUGUCAAAUGAGGAAAGUGUAUCCAUGGUAAAAACAAUGGUAGAAUUUGAAAUUGAAACUGUAAACAUGAUACUAUCCAAUUGUCAAGAUUUAUUUUUUUAA